AUGUUUAAUCCCCAACGCCUCAAACCACUUCUUCUAUGCCUGAAGGGUAUUAUCAGAACGUCACCAACCUCGCGAUGCUUUCGUCUCUUACAACACUACCCUUCACUCACAUUCUCUCUCAAAUACCGCACAAGCGCUUCUCCAGAUGAGCGCUUGUUUACUGUAUCAUACCUCAUUAACAGGUUAGGGUUUUCCCAAGAAGCUGCUUUAGAUGCUUCCAAGAAAGUUCGAUUUGGCACCUCGCGAAAGCCAGAUUCAGUUGUCAUCUUCUUUGAAAGCCACGGCUUCACUAAGUCAAUGAUAAAAGAUGUCAUUAAAAGGGAUCCGUGGCUUCUUGUGUGCGAUCCCCAAAAUAAUAUUCUGCCGAAGUUUGAAUUUUUCCUCUCAAAAGGUGCUACUACCUCCGACCUUAACUCCAUGGUGCUAAGGACACCUAGAUUCUUGAUGAGAAGCUUAGAGAAUCACAUAAUCCCAUCAUAUGAGAUGUUAACAGGGUUUCUUCAAAAUGAUAAAACCACCAUUUCAUGUAUAAAAGGCUAUCCAGAUGUGCUUUAUGACACUCGAGUGAGACAAUGUAUUAACUUGUUGCUUAAUAAUGGAGUGUCAAGGACAAACGUUGCUCUCAUACUCAGAAGGAAGCCUCGUGUGCUGCACUGCCCUGAUCUCCUUACAAAGGCGAUAGAGGAAGUUAAAUGUUUGGGAUUUAAUCCUUUGAACAUAGCAUUUAGUGUUGCAUUGGUAGCCAAAAUGAGUUUAAGUAGGUCCCGCUGGGAAGCAAAAGUUGAUGUCUACAAGAGAUGGGGAUGGUCAGAAGAAGAAUGGUCAGAAGCAUUUAGGAAGCAGCCGCAUUGUAUGUUAGCAUCCGAGGAUAAAAUUGAUGCAGUUAUGAGUUUUUGGAGUAACCAUUUGGGUUGGAAUCCUUUGCUUCUUGUCAAAAGACCACAUAUGUUUGGAUAUAGCUUGAAGAGAAGGAUUAUCCCGAGGGCUUCCGUUUUACAUUAUCUUAAGUCCAAAGGGUUGAUAAAAAAGGAUGCUAACUUGGUUACGCCAUUUACUAUAUCUGAAGAGCAGUUCUUGGAAAGAUUUGUGAAAUAUUUUGAGGAGCAUAAUCAUCAUCUAUCGAAGCUAUAUGGAGAAAAUUUGAAGAAUGAUGGGCUUCAUUUUCAUGAAAUAUUGAAAUUUUAAACUUCUGUAGGGAAAAUCAUCUCAAGGACAGAACUAAGCAGGAAAAAUAGGCUAUAUCCUUAUGCCAUAUUGAUUAGUAAGGUCUGAAAUCAUCACUAAAGAAACACUCGAUUGUGAUUUGCAGGGUCAUUUUAAUUGCUGUGCAAAGCUUCAAAUAUUUCUUAGGCCAUGAUGGCUCAGCUCUAACUUCGUCUUCUAAUCAGGCUGAGCUUUCAGAUGGAAUUUACGGAUAUUCUUGAAGAGCAUGGAGGUGCUUAUUAUAAAUGUACAAAUUCAGAUCUUUUUUCACUUAACAUUGGCUGUUGUCUGUGAUCGAGCAAGCUGCUCAGUCGGGGCCCUUUUACAACUGUGGAAUCUCACAAAAGAACGACUCUGUGAGGAAGAUGGAACCUCCAGGUUUCUUGGGAGUCUGAGGCGUCCCAUACUAUACAAUGUAAGACCCAGAUACUUCCGAAAAAUCUUUAUAAAACUGUUAUGGAGGGCCUUUCUUUUCCAAACCUUUUAAAGUUAUUGUUGUUGGAAUGAACAUGUAUUCUGCAUGUUAUCUCUUUUUCCUUUUCUAUUUUUUUGAUACAAUGAUGUCUCUUAUUCUAAUCACACCUAUACAUGAUUAAUUACUAUGAUUUAGUUUCUGUACAGCUUGUUCACAGAUAUAAUGCGAACCGUACUUAUUUAGCAAUUU